UUUUUUAAAUUAGGUUUAUGAAGACAGUUAGUCAGAGUGUGCCUUGCUCUGCUGACCUUCUGGAAUUUGAAAUAAUGCCCAACAAAGCACAAGAGGAUGCCGUCAUCAACCUGAAGACACUGCAGGAGAUGUCCAGGCAGCUUGGUUUUGAGUGGACACUUCUGGCGUAUGAGCUUGGCUUCAACAGAACCGAGGUCGGGCGGUUCCGCACCAAAUCUUCUGAGAGGAGCGUCCAGGCUAGGACCAUGUUGGAAAGCUGGUAUGAGAGGUCAUGGGACAAGCCCAAUAAGACCAAGCUGCUGCAGGAUGGGCUGGAGCGGGCAGGCAGACGGGACCUGGCAGAGAGGCUGCGCUGCCUCCACUGGGGCCACCAGAAGCUGAGCAAGAGGGUCGAGUUGCCCUCGGCCUUCCCCUUCCUCAUCACAGUCCACAACCAAGACGCACUGCGCAGGAUCAACCAACUCAACCGCAGAGUCACUUGAAGCUGGGGGAAAGUGCACACAGCUGUGGCUGUUUUUACAAAUGGGCUAUACUGCACAGUGUAAUCUGAA